AUAUCUUCAGAAUUCAAAUUCUUCAAAUGGACUUACUUGUUCUACAGAGUUUGAGAAGUACAACAAUGUCGAUCUCGUUUAUAGUGUGACUUUCUGUACAGCACAUCACUAGUAAUAAUAUGUCAACGAGACGAGAAUGGCUGAGAUUGGAGCAUUGUUAUUAUAGAUAAGUUGCUCAAAGAUGGCUGUUGUUAAAACCCCAGUGCUGAAAGUGAUAUUGUGUGGUGAAUACGGAGUUGGGAAAAGUUCAAUUUUCCGUCGAUUUAUCAACAAUACAUUUGUUCCUAAUUCAGAUAGAAGGUCAACUUUAGGACUGGAUCACUUUGAAAAACCAUAUCAGCUUACAGACAAAACCGUCAAGUUGCAACUAUGGGAUACCGGAGGCAUGGAAAGAAUUGCUUCUGUUACCUCAAGCUACUACAAGUUUGCUGAGGCAGCAAUACUGGUGUUCUCCCUUGACAAUGCAUCCUCAUUUCAUGUCCUAAGUCAACAUUUGUUGGACAUUGUAACAUAUGCAGAGAAUGCUAAAAUAUUUCUAUGUGGAAACAAAUCUGAUUUGGAAGGCUCAUCUCCGCAAGUGACUGAUGCUGACAUUGAAACUUUUUGUGAACAGUGUCACAAUCUUAUCAGCACCACAUAUAAAACUUCAUGUAAAACUGGACAAGGCAUUGAGGAGAUGUUUACUGAUAUUGCAAUUCAGCUAGUGGAAUCAAAUAGAUCAAGAAUUGAACUGCAGACUUUAGAUCACAAUAGUUUCAAGAUAUCAAACCCUGAACCUGUGGAGGAGCCAUCAUGUAGUUGUUGAUUUAUGUAUUUGUUGCUUUAAUUAACAUAAUUUGUAUAUUUUUAAGCUAUUAUGUGCAUAAUAAAAUGGCUUUGAUGAAUAGUAUAACUGAAAGUGAAAAACAAGCAUUAGUAUAAGUUCAUUGAGGAUGCCUAAU